AUUUCGUUGUUAAUUGCUUUGGUUUUGGUCUUUCGCUAAGGCAGUCCCAUUUAAAAGUGGGUUGGGACGGGUGGGGAAAAUUGCUCUGCUCUACCGAGAGAACGCGGCAGAUAGCGGUGAGAAGACCGAACUGCUUCAUUACCUUGCGAGAUCACCGCUACGCUAACCCGAGGUGAUGGUCAUCUUUCCGUUAGUGAUGGCGACCCUUGUCUUAGAGCAAGGGAAGCAGCUGCCAUUCUGAAGAACUCAGUGCCUGGGAGUGGACCAGUAGUUGUUUUCUGAGGAACUGUGGUAUGUGCCCUUGGGGGCACAAGAGAGCAGAAGGAAGAUGCUCCAGACCAGUAACUACAGCCUGGUGCUCUCCCUGCAGUUCCUGCUGCUGUCCUAUGACCUCUUUGUCAAUUCCUUCUCUGAGCUACUCCGAAUGGCUCCAGUAAUACAGCUGGUGCUCUUCAUCAUCCAGGAUAUCGCAAUCCUCUUCAACAUCAUCAUCAUUUUCCUCAUGUUCUUCAACACCUUCGUCUUCCAGGCUGGCCUGGUCAACCUCCUCUUCCAUAAGUUCAAAGGGACCAUCAUCCUGACAGCUGUGUACUUCGCCCUGAGCAUCUCUCUUCAUGUCUGGGUCAUGAACUUACGCUGGAAAAACUCCAACCGCUUUGUCUGGACAGAUGGACUUCAAACAUUGUUUGUAUUCCAGAGGCUAGCGGCAGUGUUGUACUGUUACUUCUACAAACGGACAGCUGUGAGGCUGGGCGAUCCUCGCUUCUACCAGGACUCUUUAUGGCUGCGCAAGGAGUUCAUGCAAGUUCGAAGGUGACCGUUUUCUGUCACAUCGAUGAACACCUUUCCUUUCUGACAGAAGUCACACUGGGGGCUCUGCAGAGGGGCAAUCUGCCUGUGUGCUAGGAAGUAGCUUGACAUUCCGAGGACAAGCCCCGGCCAGUCAGUGUGCAGCAGGUGAAGAGGAGGAGCCUCCCUCUAGCAAAUUAAAGUGUCCCCAGUACAGACUCCUGAACAUCAUUCCUUCCCAGCCUCCUGCCUCAGUCCUGCCACCUUUCCUUCCCUCUCUCUGCCCCUCUUCCUCACCAAGGGCUCUGUGGCUUUUUCCCAAGGGAACUUUCCACUGACGCUAGUACAGGAGGAGCUCCCAGCCCUGGCUCUGUUUGCACUGCACACUAAUGAUUGAAGGAUGCAAGGAGUGACUUUUCUGGGCUCCUGACUGAGCACACCUCAGACAUUUAGAGUUUAUACCCAAGGUACUUUUUUUUACAUUGUAUAAAUAGGAAAUAAAUUCUUUUCCAUAAAUGA